AUAUGACCGAAGAGCUUCGGGUUGGGCUGGCCUCACCUCCCUGAGCUCGAGCGCCUGCCUGUCGUCCACCAUCUGUCCGCUGCUCCUGGUCGUUUGGCCUGCGGUCGUUUGCCUUCCGCGAGCUGUUUCAUCGCCGUGCCCCAAAGCCACCCUCCAAGAGCGAACCUCUUUUGAACCUUACGGGACCCUUUGCACCGAAGCCAUGUCCAUCAGCAGCAUUGAUGAUCUUUUGGCCCAUCUGCAGUCGUUCCAAGGCUGGCAGGACACCCCGACCAUUAUCCAGACGAUGAAGGCAGCCCCCCACUCGAUCCUUUUGCAGCAGCUAUCAAAUCGCUCUGACCCGCUCAGUGUCCUCGACCCAGCCACGCAGUCGAUCGUCUACUACUUUAUAUUGAUGGCAAGACUGACCCAUGGCACGCCGCAGCGUCCCCCGAACUUGAUCCCCUUCGUGAUCAAGUUUCUGUCCUCGGCCAGCCCCAGCAUCAUCAACCAAAUCUCCGGGGACUUGCCGCGCUUUACGCAGAUACUGACCCAGUAUCUGGGCCAAAUCCCGCUCCCUAUAGUCGCGGUGGAGGUCCUGAGCAAAGCCAUCGGGCUAUGGGGGCGACCCGGCUCUCUGACUCCGCUCCACCCGCACUUUGCAAAGUUCUGCCUCCUGGCCAAGACCUACCACCGAGCUCUGCCGAUCCUCAACACCGAGAUCACCGAGGUCGAUCCCAAGGUCUAUGGAGCCAGUAUCCAAGACUACCUGCUCUACCACUACUACGGCGGUAUCUUGCUCAUAGGGUGCGAGGACUAUGAGCGCGCUGCACGCUUCUUUGAGAUGGUUGUCUCUGCACCGGCCUUGGCGGUAUCGGCCAUCCAGCUGGAGGCUUACCAGAAAUGGGUGUUUGCAGCGCUAUUGCGCUCGGGCCGCCUGCCUACUCUGCCAAAGUACACCUCCAUCGCUGUCAGCCGGGCCAUCCGAAAUAUGUGCACAGGCUACAUCGAGUUCGGCACGGCUUACGAAAGCCUAAAUGCUGCACGGAUCGAGAUCGAGUUUUCCAAGGCCCAAGACAUCUUCGCCAAGCACAACAACCUGGGUCUGGCUAAGCUCUGUGUCGCUGCUCUGACCGGCAAGGCAAUCCAGCAGCUGACCGAUACGUACCUGACGCUGUCGCUCGAAGAUAUCUCCAAGUCUGUUGGACUCGGGUGGAGCGACAGCUCCUCGGAUCCAGGUGCAGCCGAGCACUUCCUCCUGCGUAUGAUCGAAGACGGCGAGAUCUUUGCGGCAAUCAGUCACGCCGACGGCGGGAUGGUAUCGUUCCAGGACUCGCCCGAGACAUACGAUACAGCCGAAACGAUGGACAAUCUACACCGCAACAUCUCGGAGAUCGAUGUUCUGAACCAGGUUCUCUCACGGCUGGAGCGUGACAUUGUCUUGUCUCGGGAGUAUGUCAACAAGACCAUCCAAGGAGAGCGGGCGGGCAGCGUCUCUGUGCCUGCCGAUGACGACUUUGACGGGCGCGAAGAUUCCGUGCGCUCGUUUUGAUCGACCCUCGGGACGGCCUGGACUGAUGAACCUUCAGCGUCCGCACGAUACAGUGGGUGGGGAGGGGUGUGGAGCCGUUCGGGCCCCGACACCCGGGCUCUGGAUCUUGAAUAUACUCGAUAAGCCCCCGAACGGGACACUGUCGCUGACCGGUUGGGCACAGGCUCCAUGA